CCAUAAACAUUCUUCAGCACGCAAUCAAAGGUUGGGCCCUAAGCGCAAUCCAAAUGUCACGCCUCCUUUUCCUGUACACUACCCUCAUCGUCAACAACAAUUACGAAUUGUUCCUGCAAUGUUACCUCAACCACACAUUGCAAUUCCUGGGUAUGCUUACCCACCUUUACCUGGACACCUUCCUGGAUCCGAGGCAGCAAUGCAAGCCUUUGUUCCCCCAGUUCAAAGCAUAGAUGCCAGCAGGAACAUGCGACCUCCUCCACGCGGAGAUCCCAGUCUUUAUGCUGUCAACUUUUCUAAUAGAAGGCCUAACAUGCAAGAACCUAGUGUCCAUUGGAAUCCUGGCUGGCAUCAUCAACGAACGUUUGCUCCUAGAGAUAAUGUUCCUAUGCAACAGGGUAUGGGAUCAAGGCCUUUUCCUAGACCUCAGUUCCUUGGUCCGGUGCCAGUCAUGAUUGGUCCAGGCAUCCAGGGACCCAUAUGUUAUGUACCUGUUGCACUUCCAGGCUCUAUGAGAGCACCUCAUCCUCCACGUUUUGCUCCAUUUCCUACAAAUCUGGAGGCCUCUAUGCUGCCCCCUGAGACAGUAGAGUUGAGGGCCAGUAUUGUAAAACAAAUUGAGUAUUAUUUUAGUGAUGAAAAUCUUCAGAAUGAUCAUUACCUAAUUUCCUUGAUGGACAAUCAAGGAUUGGUUGCAAUAUCUGCAAUUGCAGACUUUAAAAGGGUUAAGAGAAUGUGUACAGACAUACCUUUUAUCCUUGAUGCACUGCUCAAUUCUAGUACCGUGGAAGUGCAGGGUGACAAGAUAAGGAGACGUAAUGAGUGGGUCAAGUGGAUUCCUGCUCCUGCAACCAUUGCAUUGUCUUCAGAAGCUCAGGUGAAUGUUACCAAUCCUUGUGGGAAUGCUGAUGUCAAUGAAGAUGACCCAAAGGACAACACUGGAGAAAAUGCUGAAGCCCCAUUGAAUACUGAAAUUUUGCAGGGCAUAUCUUUGAGCCAAGAUGCUUCAGCUAUAACAUGUAAAAGCAAUAGCCAACGUGACAUUACAAAUGUUAUGUUAAAUGUUGAAAAACAAGAUUUUUCUGGUGGAAGUGUUGACUUGGAUAGAAAGUCAAUAUCUGAAUCCGACAUCAAAUUCCCAGAUGUGAACCAGUCACCACAAGUUGAACCUGCUAGCAUCAGUGACCACGGAACUGAAAGCCAGGAAUUAUCGUCUGAUGUAGCUGCACAAAAUAAUUGUGACCUGUCAAAUGAUUUUACAAACACAUUUAUGCUUGAUGAAGAGCUAGAGCUUGAGCAAAAAACACUAAAGAAGGAUGGUCUUUCAACAGUUAGAAGAUUGGAUGAUGAAGAUGAUGAGAUGAUUGUCCAUGAUCAGGCUGUUCAGAAACUUGUAAUUGUCACCCAGAAUAAUGGAAUCAGUGAAGGAUCAAAAACUGGUGACAGAGAUUCAAAAUCCAUCUCUAGUGAGCUUGCCGCUACUAUAAAUGAUGGUCUUUACUACUACGAACAGGAACUCGAAAGUAAACAUUUUAUUAGUAAAAAGAAUAGCCCUAUACAUGAGAACAAAGAUGGAAGCUUAAAGUCUCCAAGAUUUGCAUCUGGAGUAUCAUCACUGAAGACAGGUGAACAUGCUGCUGGAAACAGUGGUCUUGAAGAGUCAGGAAGUGCCAAUUCCCGAAGGAAGCAAAAUAAAGGUUUCUCUAAGCAACAAUCAUUCCAUAAGCAGAGAUUUUUCUCCAGCAACUUUAAGAAUCAUGGAACUAGUCGCAAUUCUCUUGGAAUAAUUUCUGAAAGUCCACCAAGCAAUUCAGUUGGAUAUUUCUUUGGUUCAACACCUCCAGAUAAUUAUGGUCCUCGGCUUUCAAAAUUGAGUGGUUCACCACAUGGAUUUCUCUCUGGUAAUAGCCCACCUGUGGGUUCACUGCCAAAGUCAUUCCCACAUUUCCAGCAUCCAAGUCAUCAGUUACUGGAAGAAAAUGGUUUUAAGCAACAGAAGUAUCUGAAAUUUCGUAAGCGUUGUCUAAAUGAGAGGAAGAAAUUGGGAAUUGGUUGCAGUGAGGAAAUGAAUACACUGUACAGGUUCUGGUCAUACUUCCUCCGAGAUAUGUUUGUUUCUUCAAUGUAUAAUGAAUUCCGUAAAUUUGCUCUUGAGGAUGCUGCUGCUAAUUACAAUUAUGGGAUAGAAUGUCUCUUCAGGUUCUAUAGUUAUGGUUUGGAGAAGGAAUAUCGAGAGGACUUGUGCAAGGAUUUUGAGCAGCUCGCUCUUGACUUCUAUCAUAAAGGCAAUCUUUAUGGUCUUGAAAAAUAUUGGGCAUUCCAUCACUAUCGGGAGCAACGUGAUCAGAAAGAGCCUUUAAAGAAACAUCCAGAUUUGGAUAGGUUGCUAAAAGAAGAAUACCGUAGUCUGGAUGACUUCCGUGCCAAGGAGAGGAAUACAAGCAUCAAAGAGGACAGCCAUUAGCCAGUGCUGUAUGUCUCACAAUUUUGAUAACCAGAGAAAGUUUGAGCUGAUGGGCCUGUGUAUUUCAUUUGGUUUUGUACGCCAAGGAAUUUUGUAUGUUAUAUCAGGGGGGAAUGUACCCACCUCGGUGAGAGUUGCUGCUGACUCCCGAGGCUUAGCCUUUUGUGGUCCUAAAACCUUUUUAGGCUUUCUGGCUCGGGUAUAUCCUUGUUUCUUGAGUUGUCUGCAAGCUUGAGGUGGUGCCUGUGCAUUAAUUUCACUCUUCCCCCCCACCCCCCACAAGGCAUUUUUGUACAUAUUGUGAAACUAACAAGGUUCAAAAUGAGAAAAAGGAACAUUAUAUUAUGGUUGUUGUGACCAUUGAAAAUUGAACAAUAAGAUAUCCAAGUUUUG